AUGUCGAGUCCAUCGGAGAACGAAAAAACCGCGGGGGACAUGUUCCCCAAUUCGCAGCACCUGCACGAUCAAUCUUCCGACUCAUCGCCCACACGAAACGCCAGUAAGGAAGAGCGCAUGAAAUAUGAGCACCAGCAGUUCAGAAGUGGGAGCACCAUGGACAAAUGGUUCGGGUGGAUGCAAGAACUGCCAGAAUGGAAGUUUCGCGGUAAAGCCCUGGCGGGUAGAACGCUUAACUGGUCCAUUGGUUUCAUUGCCAGUUGCGGUUUCUUGAUGUUCGGCUAUGACCAGGGUGUGCUCAGCGCCCUGCUCACGUUGGACUCUUUCCAGGAGACUCUGUCUCUGAUGACCCCGAGAGAGAAGUCGAAUGAUCUAUGCUGGCUGGAUAACCCGGAGAACACUAUCCCUCAUCCCGAUCACUGCAAAGGAGACGCUAAUACUCAGGCGGCUGGAGUCGCCAUCUACCAGGUCGGGUGCUGGCUCGGAUCGCUGGUUAUUCUGGCAUAUGGCGAGAAAUGGGGCCGGAAGUCUUCCACAUUUUGGGGAUCACUGAUCAUGAUCAUUGGAACUAUCAUGCAGGUAGCCUGCUUCGAGUAUGGACUGUUUGUUGCCGGUCGUGUUGUCGGUGGCAUCGGGAACGGAAUGGUGACAUCCACUAUUCCAACCUGGCAAAGCGAAUGUGCCCGCCCCCAUCAGCGUGGCGUCCUGAUCAUGUUGUCAGGUGCUUUGAUCUCCGCCGGUAUCAUGAUCGCCUACUGGGUUGACUACGGCUUCUACUUCCUCGAAGGCUCCGUUAGAUGGCGGUUCCCUCUCAUGUUCCAGUCGUUCUUUACCAUCAUCGUGAUGAUCGGUCUUCUUUACCUACCCGACUCUCCACGAUGGCUGAUCAUGAAGGGUCGCCACACUGAAGCUCGCGACGUCACUGCUCGUCUAGUGAAUAAGCCCGAGGACGACCCGGCCGUUGACGAAGAGCUGCGCAACAUCAAUGAUGCUUUGGAAGCUCAAAGUCGAGACGGCCCCUUCAGGUACAGAGAGCUGCUCACCAAUGGACCUUCGCAGAACUGCCGUCGUGCCGCACUGGCCAUGAUUGCGCAAUUCUUCCAACAAAUCUGCGGCAUCAACCUGAUCACAUACUACGCCACGUUCUUGUUUGAGAAUUCGCUCGGUUUCGGGCCCGAUAUGGCUCGUCUCCUUGCGGCCUGCAACGGGACAGAGUAUUUCCUCGCGUCACUGGUAGCGCUUCCGCUGAUAGAACGCACCGGUCGUCGGAAAUUGAUGAUGAUCGGAGCGUUCGGCAUGAUGGCUUCGAUGUCCAUUCUAGCAGGCACAGUGUCCACAGGCACGACAUUGGACAAUGGCGCUCCCCAGCUCGACACAAAGUAUGGCGUAACGGCUACAUUAUUCUUAUUCGUGUUCAAUUCCUUCUUCGCCAUUGGUUGGCUCGGAAUGACCUGGCUAUACCCAGCAGAGAUCACCAACCUACGCAUUCGGAUCCAAGCCAACGCCUUGUCCACCAGCUCAAACUGGAUGUCUAACUUCUUGAUCGUCAUGAUCACGCCUCCCGCAUUUGCCAAUCUAGGCUACCAAACCUACAUCAUCUUCGCAGUCUUCAAUGCGGCCCUCAUUCCGUUCGUAUACUUCUUCUUCCCUGAGACAAAGGGUCGGACCCUGGAAGAAUUGGACCUCGUCUUUGCCAGCGCGAGAGCUAAAGGAAUCUCGCCGGUGAAACAGAGUGCACAAAUGCCUCAUCUGGUGGGGCGGGACCUUGACCGUGAGUUGGCGCGAUACUUUGGAGCCGGCAGUGACGAGGAGACCAUGAGAUCAACGGAGAAAACCGAGGCUCCACACCACAACUGA